CGUUUCGUGAAGAGGAGGAAGAUAACGAGAAUAAUUCUGAUAGUCAGCAAGAAGAAGCAGACUCUGAAGGAGAAAUGUUAUCAAUACUUGCUCAUGUAAUUGGCUCAUCAACAUCAACUUCAAGACGAAAAGAUUUUGAAGAGGAAGUUGACCUAGAUGACGAAGCCGAGGACGCAUCGGAAUCAAAUCAAACCUACAAAAGAGGAGUAGCCGAAGAAGAUGAUAAAUCGAUACAAAAUAAGAAACGACGAGACGAAUAUCAAGAGCAAGAUCUCGUUGAAGAUGAACUUGAGCCGGAUCUUCCAAGCGGGUAUGGUGCUGAAGAUCAAAGAGAUGUGAAUAUAGACAUGCAAGGUGGCGUUGGGAUCAUCUCGAACGGUGUGGGUGGUGUUGGUAUGGAUAUUGAUAAGGCAGAAAAAGUUGUUCAAGAAAAAGAGAGAGUCACAACUCCAUAUAUGACAAAAUACGAAAAGGCUAGAAUCUUAGGUACUAGAGCUUUGCAGAUCAGUAUGAAUGCACCAAUCCUUGUUGAUCGUGAUAAUGAAACCGAUCCUCUUGAAAUUGCAAAGAAGGAACUUCGCCAAAAGAAGAUUCCCUUAAUGGUACGAAGAUUCCUUCCUGACGGGAGCUAUGAGGAUUGGCAUGUUAGGGAGUUGAUCAUACCUGAUGACGAAUCCUCGUCUAGAGAUGCAAAUA